AUGAUAUCAAGCCAAUCUGAUAAUAAAAUAGACAAGAUUUUCUUGUAUGAAAAGUAUAAACUGGUAGAACGAGCUGAACCAGAAGUCAACAGUGUGUGGAAAGGUGCUCAUCUGCUGCUAUUCUUCCUGGCAUUUGUGUUUGGAUCGUUCUGCACAUUUUGCUUCCACAUGCUGAUGUAUUUGUUCGACGAGAAAUGUGUGCUGUUCCCGAAACUGCUCUCCCUAUCGUCUCUCCGACAGAACACUAUCUACGAGUUCAUUUCUGAUGAUAAAGACGUAGCUGACAUGUUACCAGUGGAUUUCCUAAGCACGCAAUGGGUCGAAAAAAGUACAUGUCUGCUGCCGACGUAUGUGCCACUUGUGUCCGCGAUAUUUGGUCUUGUCUGGACCACUAUGUUCCUCAUGUGUUCUCUUGGAAGUAGAGUUCUAACCGGGUUACAGAGACCUUGGCGCGUGUUGCCACCUGUGUUCUUAUUCUCCACUGCGAUGGGCUGCGUGUGUGUAUACACCAGCGCCGUCACACAUUACGGGCUGCAAGAGUUGUGUCUCAAACUUAACGAAGUCACUGGAAGCACCACGUGUUCCUACACGGUAAACGUAGCAACUCUGGCUUAUCAGCGAAGAAUACGUGGUCUAUACCAAGCGACCCAGCUCACAAUCGUCUCAGCCUGGCUGCACACCGCUUGCUGGCUACUCUCUGCUCUUCUGGCAGUGUUGAGGGUUCUUCUGGUGGUGGAUUUCAAGCUCGUCCGUGUUAGUGUCGAGUUGCAAGGAAACAUCGAUAGAAUGCUGGAGCGUCAUGAAAGACACAUAAGCACUGUGUCACCUUCCUGGCCCAAAAUACUGAACACUUCUGAAGACUCUCAAAGCGUCAAGGUUCAUUAUAUAAAAAAACUUUUUCGACUGAAGUCAAGCGACAGAGAUGCAGGAGAAUUACUUCACUUUUCUGAUUUAUCCGAACAAACAUCUAAACAAGCUUUAGUUUCAACCGAACGUCUGAAAUUGGAUAGAUUAAAUGCAAUUAAAGCAGUGUUACCAGAACAUCAGUUUAUUGUUAAAAUUUUGUAUAAUAUACUGGCUUCGGUGGAUGCAACAAAAGGAAUCGAAAUGAGUUCUAGCUCAAGCUCUUCAGAGCUUGAUUUAGAUGAACCGCCACUAAUUCGCCAAUAUGGGCAGCAAGAAAUUAAAUCACAAUUGUCAACGAAACAUUCAAACUUAGAUGAAAGCAAAUCUGAAAUUAUACGCCGCCAAGCGAUUACAACCACAAACCUCAUAAAAGCGCCUCAGAAAGAAAAUUUGAAAUCUACUAUGACCAUUACUUCUGAAUUAAAAAUGGCUUUAGACGACAAUACUAAAACUGAUACCGUACUAGAAUCGACGAAUGAAUCCGAACCAAGUACAAGUAAUGACGUGAAAAAAGUUUUAAAAUCCAAUUUAAAGCAAGCUGGUGUUCAAACUGAUAAGAAACCGAAAGAUAAAUCUCACAAAGUUCAUAUAGACUCUCGCACUGCUCCGGAUUCCGAGACUUCUCUAGUCGAAGACACAAAAGUUACAGAAGAAACCCAAACUACGAAAGAAAAACAAGACUAAAGUGCUUUAUUUACUUUAAAAGAAAUAAUCCUAAUGUACCUACUUAAUGAAUCUUGAAAUGUUUUGGGAGAUAAAGAUUGUUGUAGAUCUUGCUCAUAUAACAUACGUUACGUAUGUAGAACGUAUUUAAUAAAAUAAAUUACGUCUUUUUAUUA